AUGUUAGGCUGCUUUGUGUCAGAUAGUGACUUUCGAACCGAGCGCCGUUCCGGUGCAAAACCCGUACCAGCCCUUACAAUCGCUGCUGCAGCUGUCUUUGCCUUCCCCCUCCAGUGGGGCGAACACAAAGAUUCAUCUGCCGAAGACAAGAACACCAACGACUCGGGUACAGCUGAAACUCGCGAUGGCUGCGCUGCCUUUCAUCACAAGACGACUGACUAUGGGCAUGAGGACAUGAAUUGCUUAAGGAAGGCAGCUUAUCCCGGGCGGACAACCCUCCACGCAGCCAUGCUGAUAGGUAGGGGACUUGGAGUGCUGCAGCAGUACUUCAUUCGCGUAGCGGAACAGCUUGAAUGUGCAAACCGCAGCGUCUUCGGAGGCUAUUUGCAGGCGAAAGAUGCAGCUCACCGUCUCUGGUUUGCUUUGCAGCACCAUCUCAAAAUUGUGGGUUCUGCUGUAAACCAAGCAGGGGAAUUGGUUAGACUGUCAAACGAAAAAGCCUGCGGCAGUUGCGGAUCAGAAACCAUGCAGGCUGUAAUGCAGGCUGUGCAGGGAAGCCCGUCACCUGGGAAGCAGGCAGUCCGUGAAAAAGAUACGGAUGGGGAAUGUAAUAUCUUUUCUGGUAGACGGAGCUGGACGGCUCACGGUGCUGCGUUCUACCGAAAAGCUUUGGUGGGGAGCUUAGCCGCAGAGUGCUCGUCUGGGCUCCAGUUUCACCCAGGGCAACCGACGCUAUUUGACGCCCAUGCAGCUUACAAUGAAAAUGAAGCCCACAAGAGUUGCGGGUGGUUGAUGGCAACGUACAACGCACUUGCGUCAUUCUUCCGAACUUUGGGUUCUGCCCUGCUGAGGCUAAUAUAUGUUCUGCCUUUAGGGAUCACUGCUGCCAUUGCGGGAUUCUGGCUGCUUGGGUUGCCGUACAUUUCAGCUUGUUUGCGGACGGUGGGUUUGGGGGGCAAUUGGGAAGCUAUUGCGCAACGUGAAUUGGAAGAAGUCAUCUUUACGGCAGUCACGGCGGCGGCUUCAGCUGCAGGGCCAACCUACGUCAAAUUUUUGCAGUGGAUUGCUACACGGCCUGACUUAUUUCAUGAAUCCCUCUGCGCGCGCUGUGCAAGACUGCAGACAUCAGUUCGUCCAUUCUCUUACCCCCGAGCUGCUCUCCUCCUCCGCGAACAGUUUGGAGAUGAUGUGGGGCGCCACUUACUGCUCGACCCGACGCCAAUCGGAUGCGGCUGCAUUGCCCAGGUUUAUCGUGCAUACCUUCUGUUGUCUAACGAAGCAAGUGAAGAAUCAAAACGGACUUUCCUCGACCACGCAUUUGUUCUAGGCGGCAGCUUGUCGAAGUCUGCAGCUGCAGAAAUUGGCAGAGGGGACAAGCUGCCCCCAGUAGCCGUCGCAGUGAAGAUCAUGAGGCCUGGAGUGCGAGAGGCGAUGGAAUUCGACCUCCGGAUGAUGCUGCUUGUCGCCUCGGUACUUCAGUAUCUGCCUGCAUUUGGAUUUGUUGCAUUGAAAAAAAGCGUUGAAGAGUUUGCAGUGGCAAUGCGUCGGCAGCUGGAUUUUGGAUUGGAAGAAAAACAUCUGAAGCUCUUCCGCUCAAAUUUUGGGCUUUCAACAGUUCCUAUCCCUGGCGACCUGCUACCGCUGCGUAAUAAGUGCAGGCGGGCUAGCGGGCCCAGGCAGUGCGAAACUCCGACGGUGGAGCCGAAGGCAGCAAACUAUCACACCAAUAUAGUCAAUUCGUUGUCGCGGAAGAUACUUGGAAUGCGCCGUCAGGUUACGUUUCCCUACCCUUUCGAGGCUCUAAGCAGCAGCGAAGUUAUUGUCAUGACUCUUGAGUCCGGUUUCACUCUCAACCAACUAUUUAAAACCAGAGCCGAAUUACAGGAGCUAGAAGAGGCUUCGCGCGACCAGGAGAAGCCUCAGGGAGAUCGAGGCCUAGCAGCGACUAGGCGGGAGCAGGUUGACACUCCAGUGGCGUCUCCCAUCCUCGCCGCGCAGAAGAUGAUAGAGUUUUCUCUGCAAGAAUAUAGCAUUGCGCGAUGGGGUAGUCUGUAUUUUAAGGCGGGUCUUGAGAAGUGUGUUGUGCCAAUGCAGCUCAUAUUUCCCGUCUUGCCUGCAACCCUGCCACCUCGGCUGCUCACAGAAGCUCCACGCCUUGACGGCCCGUUAGAACUGGUUGUACUGGACUGUGGUCUUGCUGGCUCACUAGAUCAAGCUGACCGAGUGAAUUUUGUCACACUCCUUGAAGCCAUAACAAGGAAACGCGGACGGGAGGCAGCCUUAGCGAUGCUUCAGAGAGCUAAGAGAAGCUCCUGCCAGGAUAGAGAAGGCUUUUGCUCCGAGGUUGAGCAACUGAUUGAUGAGCAUCACUUUGAGAUUGUGGUGGCAAUGUCUGUUCUAGAAGGUGUGGGGGCCCAACUGUGCCCUGAUGCGGAUGUAUUGAAGACUGCGCUGCCAUAUAGUCUGAUUGCUGCAAAGCUCAUCAACCCUGACAGCAACAGUGAAGCCUCACACUAG